CAAAAUCGCACUGUUGUCGUUACGUGUCAAAUAGAGCAGCGAAUGAUUGUCAAAAUUUUCAUUCAAAAUUUAUUUACGUACUGCUGGCGAAAGCGAAAAUUUUUGCUGUUAAACAUAAAUUUCUGAAUUAAAUCUCGUCCUGCAGCGAAAAUGGCGCCCCAGGCAAAAGGUAAACAAGGCACAAAGGGGGCCAAGCAAAUUGUCGAAGAAAAUGCGGCCACAUUGAAAUUCUAUCGUAAUAUGGCUGCGGGUGGCUCAGUCAUUUAUUUGCUGGUCACAUUUCUGCUGUUCGAGUUCACUGGUCUGACUAUUACCAUGACCAUCAUAUCGAUUGCUGCAUUGUUGGGUGCUUAUCAGUUCAUGGCAUUUAUGGCGAAGACAACGUUGUCGGACACUGGUGCUAUUUUGGACAGUGGCAAUGAUUUGAAUAUCGAAGGUGGCAUUGCUGAAAACGUUAAGGAUUUGAUAAUCCUCACAACCGGCACGCAACUAUUGUCAUUGACAUCGAACUGGUUUUGGCUUCUGUUCACACUAGCUCCAGCCCGAGCCGUUUGGAUGCUGUGGCGUUCGGUGAUUCAGCCAUGGUUGAGUCAGAAAAGUGACGAACAACCGGACAUCGACGACAAGAAGCAGAAAAAGUUGGAACGUAAAAUGAAGCAAAGGCAGAUGAGGUGAAGGACUAUCACGUUCGUCAAUGCGUUGUGGAGAAAUGAAUGUGCGCUUAGGUGUUAAAGGGUUGUUUGUGUGUGUGAGUAUGAGUGUGUGUUUGUGCGCUGUAAAUAAAAUUUGAUAUUUUUAUUGCUGUGAGUGGAGACUUUGUAAGUGUACAUACGAAUGAGGUGUUGGAAGUGAAUGAAUCGAUAGCCAGCAACCUGACCCAUAAUUCUAUCCAAACGAAUUUAUUGUAAUGUGCUCGUACAGGACUGAGUGCACCGAAACCAAAACGAUAAUGUUAAACUUUGAUUAAUCGGAAAGUUUGUGUCGGUGUGUUGAUUUAAAUAAAUAAAAAUUAAAUUUGCCAAGA